AUGAUUGACGAGAAUCUCCCCACCUUCUUCAUCAAGAACAAUAACCCCCAGAAAUCGCAAAACUGCACCGUCUACUACCAGCAACAUGGCAAUGACCCCGACCCCGCCUACGCCCUGCGCUACCUCGACCCCGCCGCCCCAACUUCCCACAAUCGCUACGGCGUCGGCCUGUACGAUCCAGACGAUCCGCGCGAACGGCGGCACCGCGCCACCCCCGAACCCAUCCUCCCCACACAGUUCACGAUCCAGCUGUACAACCCGGACCAACAGAUCCUGGUGCGGCACAAGGCCAAGAGCUGGAACACGCCUGCACGAUGGGAGUUUGAAAUGCCACAGCGCACGUUCCGCGUCCCAUCGGGGUCGACGCUCGACCAGACGCAAAGCGAUCCCGCUGCCGAAGAGAUCACUCCGAAGCUGCGCUUCAGCUGGCGCAAAGAUGGCAAGCUGUCCAAGGACUUAUCGUGUCUGCUGCAUGGCAAGUCUGCGACGGUUCCAGAUGCGCGGACGAGGAGCCGCGAGCCUGAUAUUACUGUCGCGCUCUUCCAGGGCCUGCGCGAGCUCACACUCUAUGAACCGAAUCUUUACCGCGUCGAGAUGGAGGACUUCAAGGGGCUAGAGGUUGUGUUGCUCUUGGCUGCGAUUGCUAUUCGAGAUAUCUUCUUUGGGCCCGCGAAGGAGGCUUUCCAUAUCGCUACCCUCGGGACGGGGCAGUCCAGCACAAGACCUCAUGGCUCGGCACCGUCGGCCGCAAAUGGCAGCAAACCGUCGCCGCCUCGUCUGAAUAUCCCGGCGAAAGCAACAGCGCCGUCCCCUCAACCGCGACGGCGUCAGGAAGAGAUCGCCAGAGAAGAGGAGAGACGGACCAAGGAACUUCUCGCGAAAGAAGAGAAGGAGCGGCGCCGCAAAGAAGCUGCGAUUGAGCAAGAGACAAAACGUCUCCAGCAGCUAUACGGCAGGGAAGAGCAGGAAGCGCGAGCCCAGUCCACAAGACCGGGCCUACCCCCCCGGCCUGGCGGCGGCCCCUCCCGACCAUACUCCAUGUCAUAUUCCCAGUCCUCUACGAACAUUCAUUCUCCCAAUCCCUCCUACUCCUCCUCACAACGUCCCGCAUAUCCACCCCGUCCACAAUGGCAGCAGGGCGCCCCCGGGCCCACCUCCUUCGCCAACAACCCCUACCUCCACGCCUCUCAACAGCCGGGGUCGUACUCGACGACACACCUCCCGCAGCCACGGCCGCAGUCCUCGGUCAGCUUCUACCCGCAACCUACCAGUAGCGGUGCGCUCCCGCCUGGAACCAGGCCGAAUGCGCCAGUGCAACCGAAGAAGAGCAGCUUUUUUGGAUUCCUUAAGAAUCGGGAUGAGCCCGAGCGCGCGACGCUGCAGAGGAAGCGGAGUUCCAUGUUUUGA